CAGAUGGUGACACUCAUUUGUCCACGCAUGCGCAAAUGCUCUGUUUUCAAAUCUGUGGAAACGAUACCAGUUUCAGAAAAGACGAAGCGUCACGUUUUUAAUGUUUUAAGUUGUGCUUCAGUCAAUAGUUUCUCAAAUGGAUUUAGACAGUGGAACAUACGAGCCGGGGUUUGUUGGGAUACGGUUUUGUCAGGAAUGUAACAACAUGUUGUAUCCAAAAGAAGACAAGGAGAACAGAAUCCUGCUGUAUGCGUGCAGGAACUGUGACUACCAGCAAGAGGCAGACAACAGCUGUAUUUAUGUCAACAAGAUUACCCACGAGGUCGAUGAGUUGACGCAAAUCAUCGCUGAUGUAUCCCAGGAUCCAACACUACCAAGAACAGAAGACCACCCAUGUCCCAAAUGUGGUCACAAGGAGGCAGUGUUCUUCCAGUCGCACAGUAUGAAGGCUGAGGAUGCUAUGAGACUGUACUACGUCUGCACGGCCCCUCACUGUGGACACAGAUGGACUGAGUAAAGCUGGUGAUCAUGAAGGGGUCUAAAAUUUACAUUUUCAGUUAAAAUAUUCUCAGCUCCAUUUCUUUUCAUUGUUACUGUCAUUGUGUAUUUUGUGUUCAAACAGCAGUGCUGCUUAUGUUUAAAGACCCUGAACUUUGUAUGUUGACUUCCAGUUAGUUAGAAAUCAUCUUAUGAGUAUAAUGUAUGAAUAGUUCUUUUUUAGCUGCCAUUUCCAAAUAUUUUUGUCAGAUUAAAAGAAUCACUUGUU